AUGCCCUCUUGUCGCCGCACACAUUACUCUGCUGCUGACAGCUGCGGCGAGCAGCGGCGGUGGAACAGCAACGACUAUCCGGGCACUCAGUCUUGUUGGCAGCAGGCGACACGGUGCCACAGGCCGCAUGCUGAUCAGCACGAGACAUGGGGACGGGAGGAUGAGGAGGAUGAGGAGGAUGAAGAGGAUGAGGAGGAUGAAGAGGAUGAGGAAAAGGAGGAUGAAGAGGAUGAAGAGGAUGAAGAGGAUGAGGAGGAUGAAGAGGAUGAAGAGGAUGAGGAGGAUGAGGAGGAUGAGGAGGAUGAGGAGGGUGAGGAGGAUGAGGAGGAAGAGGAGGGUGAGGAGGAUGAGGAGCAUGAGGAGGAAGAGGAGGGUGAGGAGGGUGAGGAGGAUGAGGAGGGUGAGGAGGAUGAGGAGGAUGAGGAGGAUGAGGAGGAAGAGGAGGAUGAGGAGGAAGAGGAGGAUGAGGAGGAUGGGGAGGAUGAGGAGGAGGAGGGUGAGGAGGAUGAGGAGCAUGAGGAGGAAGAGGAGGGUGAGGAGGGUGAGCAGGGUGAGGAGGAUGAGGAGGAUGAGGAGGAAGAGGAGGAUGAGGAGGAAGAGGAGGAUGAGGAGGAUGGGGAGGAUGAGGAGGGUGAGGAGGGUGAGGAGGAUGAGGAGGGUGAGGAGGAUGAGGAGGAUGGGGAGGAUGAGGAGGGUGAGGAGGAUGAGGAGGGUGAGGAGGAUGAGGAGGGUGAGGAGGAUGAGGAGGAAGAGGAGGGUGAGGAGGGUGAGGAGGAUGAGGAGGGUGAGGAGGAUGAGGAGGAUGAGGAGGAUGAGGAGGAAGAGGAGGAUGAGGAGGAUGGGGGGGAUGAGGAGGGUGAGGAGGGUGAGGAGGAUGAGGAGGAUGAGGAGGGUGAGGAGGGUGAGGAGGAUGAGGAGGGUGAGGAGGAUGAGGAGGAUGAGGAGGAUGAGGAGGAAGAGGAGGAUGAGGAGGAUGAGGAGGAUGGGGAGGAUGAGGAGGGUGAGGAGGGUGAGGAGGAUGAGGAGGAUGGGGAGGAUGAGGAGGGUGAGGAGGAUGAGGAGGGUGAGGAGGAUGAGGAGGGUGAGGAGGAUGAGGAGGAAGAGGAGGGUGAGGAGGAUGAGGAGGGUGAGGAGGAUGAGGAGGAUGAGGAGGAUGAGGAGGAAGAGGAGGAUGAGGAGGAAGAGGAGGAUGAGGAGGAUGGGGAGGAUGAGGAGGAUGAGGAGGGUGAGGAGGAAGAGGAGGGUGAGGAGGGUGAGGAGGAUGAGGAGGAUGAGGAGGAUGAGGAGGAAGAGGAGGAUGAGGAGGAAGAGGAGGAUGAGGAGGAUGGGGAGGAUGAGGAGGGUGAGGAGGAUGAGGAGGGUGAGGAGGAUGAGGAGGGUGAGGAGGAUGAGGAGGAUGAGGAGGGUGAGGAGGAUGAGGAGGGUGAGGAGGAUGGGGAGGAUGAGGAGGAUGAGGAGGGUGAGGAGGAAGAGGAGGGUGAGGAGGGUGAGGAGGAUGAGGAGGAUAAGGAGGAUGAGGAGGGUGAGGAGGAUGGGGAGGAUGAGGAGGAUGAGGAGGGUGAGGAGGAAGAGGAGGGUGAGGAGGGUGAGGAGGGUGAGGAGGAUGAGGAGGAUGAGGAGGAAGAGGAGGAAGAGGAGGAUGAGGAGGAAGAGGAGGAUGAGGAGGAUGGGGAGGAUGAGGAGGGUGAGGAGGAUGAGGAGGGUGAGGAGGAUGAGGAGGGUGAGGAGGAUGAGGAGGAUGAGGAGGGUGAGGAGGGUGAGGAGGAUGAGGAGGGUGAGGAGGAUGAGGAGGAUGAGGAGGGUGAGGAGGAUGAGGAGGAGGAGGAUGAGGAGGAUGGGGAGGAUGAGGAGGGUGAGGAGGGUGAGGAGGAUGAGGAGGGUGAGGAGGAUGAGGAGGAUGGGGAGGAUGAGGAGGAUGAGGAGGGUGAGGAGGAGGAUGAGGAGGGUGAGGAGGAUGAGGAGGGUGAGGAGGAUGAGGAGGAUGAGGAGGAUGGGGAGGAUGAGGAGGGUGAGGAGGAUGAGGAGCAUGAGGAGGAAGAGGAGGGUGAGGAGGAUGAGGAGGGUGAGGAGGAUGAGGAGGGUGAGGAGGAUGAGGAGGGUGAGGAGGAUGAGGAGGAUGAGGAGGAUGAGGAGGAAGAGGAGGAUGGGGAGGAUGAGGAGGGUGAGGAGGAUGAGGAGGGUGAGGAGGGUGAGGAGGAUGAGGAGGAUGAGGAGGAAGAGGAGGAGGAGGGUGAGGAGGAUGAGGAGGAUGAGGAGGGUGAGGAGGAUGAGGAGGGUGAGGAGGAUGAGGAGGAUGAGGAGGAUGAGGAGGAUGAGGAGGGUGAGGAGGAUGAGGAGGAAGAGGAGGAUGAGGAGGAUGGGGAGGAUGGGGAGGAUGAGGAGGGUGAGGAGGAUGAGGAGCAUGAGGAGGAAGAGGAGGGUGAGGAGGAUGAGGAGGAUGAGGAGGAUGAGGAGGGUGAGGAGGAUGAGGAGCAUGAGGAGGAAGAGGAGGGUGAGGAGGGUGAGGAGGAUGAGGAGGGUGAGGAGGAUGAGGAGGAUGAGGAGGAAGAGGAGGAUGAGGAAGAAGAGGAGGAUGAGGAGGAUGAGGAGGGUGAGGAGGAUGAGGAGGAUGAGGAGGAUGAGGAGGAUGAGGAGGAAGAGGAGGGUGAGGAGGAUGAGGAGGAUGAGGAGGAUGAGGAGGAUGAGGAGGAAGAGGAGGAUGAGGAGGAUGAGGAGGAAGAGGAGGGUGAGGAGGAUGAGGAGGAUGAGGAGGAUGAGGAGGAUGAGGAGGAUGAGGAGGAAGAGGAGGUGGAGGAGGGUGAGGAGGAUGAGGAGGGUGAGGAGGAUGAGGAGGAGGAGGAUGAGGAGGAUGAGGAGGAAGAGGAGGAUGAGGAGGAAGAGGAGGAUGAGGAGGAUGGGGAGGAUGAGGAGGGUGAGGAGGGUGAGGAGGAUGAGGAAGGUGAGGAGGAUGAGGAGGAUGAGGACGAUGGGGAGGAAGAGGAGGAUGAAGAGGAUAAGGAGGAUGAGGAGGAGGAGGAGGAUGAGGAGUAUGAGGAGGAUGAGGAGGAUGAGGAGGGUGAGGAGGGUGAGGAGGAUGAGGAGGAUGGGGAGGAAGAGGAGGAUGAAGAGGAUAAGGAGGAUGAGGAGGAGGAGGAGGAUGAGGAGUAUGAGGAGGAUGAGGAGGGUGAGGAGGAUGAGGAGGAUGAGGAGGAUGGGGAGGAAGAGGAGGAUGAAGAGGAUAAGGAGGAUGAGGAGGAGGAGGAGGAUGAGGAGUAUGAGGAGUUUGAGGAGGAUGAGGAGGAUGAGGAGGGUGAGGAGGGUGAGGAGGAUGAGGAGGAUGGGGAGGAAGAGGAGGAUGAAGAGGAUAAGGAGGAUGAGGAGUAUGAGGAGGAUGAGGAGGGUGAGGAGGAUGAGGAGGAUGAGGAGGAUGGGGAGGAAGAGGAGGAUGAAGAGGAUAAGGAGGAUGAGGAGGAGGAGGAGGAGUAUGAGGAGUAUGAGGAGGAUGAGGAGGAUGAGGAGGAAGAGGAGGGUGAGGAGGGUGAGGAGGAUGAGGAGGAUGGGGAGGAAGAGGAGGAUGAAGAGGAUAAGGAGGAUGAGGAGGAGGAGGAGGAUGAGGAGUAUGAGGAGGAUGAGGAGGGUGAGGAGGAUGAGGAGGAUGAGGAGGAUGGGGAGGAAGAGGAGGAUGAAGAGGAUAAGGAGGAUGAGGAGGAGGAGGAGGAUGAGGAGUAUGAGGAGUAUGAGGAGGAUGAGGAGGAUGAGGAGGAUGAGGAGUAUGAGGAGGAAGAAGAGGAUGAGGAGGGGAUGGGAGGGACUGGGGACGGGGAGGAGGAGGAUGAGGAGGAUGAGGAAGCACCAGCCCCUGAUCCCCCUGCUCCUCCUGCUCCUCACUGCUCCUCCUGCUCCUCCUGCUCCUCCUGCUCCUCACUGAUCCUCCUCAUCCUCCUGGUCCUCACUGAUCCCCCUGCUCCUCCUGCUCCUCCUGCUCCUCACUGA